AUGGCUCGUUACAUAGGGGGCCGGUCUUGUAACGAGCACGUGACUUACUGCUCGUUUGAUGGUUAUGGUCAAUUUGCUUAUACAGUCUUUAUUGAACCUGUUGAUAAGUAUUCACGAUUCCCCAUAUCAGAUCCUUCCAUGUUACUUUUUGAUAGUGAUAGUGGUCGUGGUAGCGGUAGUAGUGGUAGUGGUGGUGGUAAUGGUGGUUGCAGCGGUAGUGGUUGCGGAAGUGGUAGUGGUAGCAGUUGUGGUAGAGCUUGUGGUAAUAAUAGUGGAUGUAGUAGUGGUGGCGCCGUACGAAGACAGGUGUUUCCUAGGGACGCCGUUACAGCUGCACAAGUUCGUCCGGGCCGCUGGGCCAAUGCGGUUACAGGCUCCGGGUCCGGGAUGUAA